AGAGGCGACUAAAAGUGGACUCUCUCUCUUACCGCAUAUGUCGUUAGAAGGUCCACUGCUCAAAAUUAUCGAAAAAUUCCAUUACACACCCAACUUCUACUUCCUUUUUUACACACAUCGAUCCAUCUCAUUCUUGCUCAUUUUCUCCCCCCUUUUUCCCCCUGGAAACUCCACUCUCUUUCCUUCUGUUGUUGAUUUGCUGUAAUACUAAUUUCUUCACAUAAGAGGAGAGAGAAAGUUAGAGAGAGAGAUUGGCUUUCUUUGAUUGUUUUCUUUGCUCUGAUUGUUUCCGCCAUGGGUUGCGUAUCUUCCCGCGAUAAAGGUGCUGCUGGUAGCACUAAGAGGGUUCGUAAACCGAAGCCAUGGAGGCAUACUGAAGCGAUUACUAGGACACAACUGAAUAGGAUGCGUGAGGAAUUCUGGGACACUGCACCACACUAUGGUGGCACGCGAGAAAUCUGGGAUGCACUUCGUGCUGCUGCAGAAGCUGAACUGAGCAUGGCACAGACAAUUAUCGACAGUGCUGGAGUGAUUGUGCAAAACCCUGACCUGACUCUUUGCUAUGAUGAGAGAGGUGCAAGAUAUGACCUGCCGAAAUAUGUUCUAAGUGAACCAACCAACUUGAUCCGUGACAACAAUGACUCUUGAGAACUGAAUAUGACAAACCAAAGUUGAGAAGACUGUAAAUCAUGUAAAGCAAUACUAAAGUGGAUUUUUUCGCGUAGACCCACAGGGAUGUCUCCACAUUUUUUCUGCUGUAUGGAAAUAGGCUCAUUGACUCCAACCCAGCUACUGUGGGUGGUGGUUCUAGAUAAUUCCGGAGAAACAUGUAGUGUACUAUUGCUUCUGGUAUCUGUUGCAUCUUCAUGUGCUAGAGGUGGCAGAUGAACUAAGAUACUCAUUGCUCUAUGUCUGGUGGCAAUUCCACAGAUGGAGUUUCUUGCUCUGCAAAUAUUUCAUUAACAAUUCACAAUUUUAGUGUUGUAGGUUUGUAGCAGCCAAGUACAUUCUAAUCACCUUCUGCUAUCUUUUCUUUUGCCAAAUUUUUUAUAUCAGAAGUAUAUUGUUAGUGUUUUA